AACCUCAUCAGUUUAGGCAGUUUUAACAUAUUAUUAGAUAUGGCCACCUUUUUCCCUAUUCAUGUUCUCAUCCUCCUCUUUUCAGGUUCAUUGAUCACCGGCACCCACAGCUUCCGGAUAGGAAUAGACUACGGUCGGAUAGCUGACAACCUCCCAACCCCAUCACGUGUGGCAUCCUUCAUCAUCUCCCUCAACAUAACCCGUGUCAGAAUCUACGAUGCCGACCCCGAAGUCCUCUCUGCAUUCGCCAACACAAGCGUCGAACUCAUAAUUGGGCUCGAAAACAAGUACAUUGAGAACUUCACCGACCCGGCCCAAGCCCAGAAUUGGGUCCAACAGAACGUGGCCCCCUACACCAACCAAACCAAAAUCAAGAUUAUAACAAUCGGCAAGGAGCAAAUCUACAUGAGCACGGCACACUCGUACGGGAUAAUGGAUGUUUCAUUUCCCCCCUCGUUGGGCACCUUCAAGCCCGAGCUCCUGGACUACCUCGUGGGCAUAUUAGGGUUCCUCUCCGAAACGGAGUCCCCGUUUUUUAUCAACGUGAACCCUUACUUUGCGUACAGGGACGACCCAGAGAACGUGUCGUUGGCGUACGUGCUUUUCGAGCCCAACCCAGGCCAGACAGAUCCCAUCACCAACUUGCAUUAUGACAAUAUGUUGUAUGCACAGACGGACGCUGUUUACUCAGCCCAAGAAGCUUCGGGCUUCAAGGCAAUGCACGUCUAUCAUUCCGAGACUGGAUGGCCUUCAGGCGGAUCCAUAAGAAGAGGGGCCACGUUGGAGAACGCGAGGUUGUACAAUGGGAAUCUGCUGAAACGGGUGGAGGAGAAACAGGGGACUCCCCUGAGGCCGUCUUACCCAUUAGACGUUUACAUAUUUGCGCUCUUUGAAGAGGACUUGAAGCCCGGCCCGGAGACCGAGAGGCAUUACGGUCUAUUCUAUCCCAAUAUGACGCCUGUCUACGAUAUCGGGUUACAGGGCGGUGGUGGUGGUGAUAUUCAGCGAGUGGAUUACACGGUUUCGAGGAUUAAUAAUAAUAGUAUUUUGGAUAAUGCUCUUGAUGGAAAGGCAGAGAAGAUCGGGCUGGAGUCAAUGGAUGUCGAGGCCUUGAAGAAGUUGAACAAAAACAAGAAGCUAGUGAAGAAGCUUGCUAAAAAGUACCAUGCUUUCUUAGCCUCAGAAGCCGUUAUCAAGCAGAUUCCCCGUCUCUUGGGACCUGGUCUUAACAAGGCUGGCAAGUACUUCUGGCUAAUGGCUAAUGCCAGCAAGUUCCCCACUCUCGUGACUCACCAGGAAUCACUUGAGUCAAAGGUGAAUGAAACAAAGGCCAUGGUGAAGUUUCAGUUGAAGAAGGUGCUCUGCAUGGGCGUUGCUGUUGGAAACCUCGCCAUGGAGGAGAAGCAGAUCUUCCAAAAUGUGCAAAUGAGUGUCAACUUCCUUGUUUCUCUUCUGAAAAAGAAUUGGCAGAAUGUAAGUGAGGUGUUUGUACUUAAAGAGCACAAUGGGAAAGCCACAACGUAUCUUUUAAGGUUGACCAUGUUUACCUUAAUUAUUUUGCUUAUGCUCAGCUUGUUUGCUUAUAACUGCAUUGUUUGA